AUGGCGCCUACGGGCGGUGGAGGAGGAGGAGGAGCAGGAGGAGGAGCAGGAAGCAUCGGCGGCCUUGGUGGAGGGGGGAACAUUAAGGUCGUGGUCAGGGUGCGACCGUUCAACAGUCGCGAGAUCGAUCGCAAUGCGAAAUGUAUUGUUCAGAUGCAGAAUGCCCAGACCAUCCUGCAACCACCUCCAGAGGCAGAGGAUCGUCUUCGAAAAGGUGGAAAGGACGGCGGAGGCGCACAACGGACUUUCAAAUUCGACAAAUCCUACUGGUCUUUCAACAAGGCAGAUCCAAACUAUGCUGGUCAGGACAAUCUGUUCAACGACCUGGGCGUUCCGUUACUCGACAACGCCUUCCAGGGCUAUAACAACUGCAUCUUUGCAUAUGGACAAACAGGCUCCGGGAAGUCAUACAGCAUGAUGGGCUACGGCGAGGAGGCUGGUGUAAUCCCUCGAAUUUGUCGAGAAAUGUUUGAACGGAUCAAUGGAUUGCAGUCUGAUCCACACCUGACUUGCACUGUCGAAGUCUCCUAUCUGGAAAUCUACAACGAACGGGUCAGAGAUCUUUUGAACCCGGCGACCAAGGGCAAUCUUCGGGUCAGAGAGCAUCCCUCGACAGGUCCUUAUGUGGAGGAUCUGGCCAAGUUGGCCGUCCGCUCCUUCAGUGAGAUCGAGAACCUGAUGGAUGAAGGUAACAAGGCACGGACAGUGGCGGCGACAAAUAUGAACGAAACCUCUAGUCGUUCUCAUGCCGUCUUUACCCUCACCCUCACGCAAAAGCGCCACGACGCCGAGACAAAUAUGGACACUGAGAAAGUCGCAAAGAUCAGCUUGGUCGAUUUGGCUGGUUCCGAACGUGCGACCUCCACCGGUGCUACCGGUGCUCGCCUCAAGGAAGGCGCAGAGAUCAAUAGGUCACUCUCGACCCUUGGUCGGGUGAUCGCAGCACUCGCCGACCUUUCCUCCGGCAAAAAGAGCUUGAAAGUGCCAUAUCGAGACUCGGUUCUGACUUGGCUUCUUAAAGACUCACUUGGUGGAAACAGCAUGACUGCGAUGAUUGCUGCGAUCUCACCAGCAGAUAUCAACUUUGAGGAGACACUGAGCACUCUCCGAUAUGCCGACUCGGCCAAGAGAAUCAAGAACCAUGCUGUUAUUAACGAGGAUCCCAACGCACGUAUGAUUCGCGAGCUCAAGGAAGAACUUGCCAAACUCAGGAGCCAGUUGGGGGGGACCACUGCUGCAGGUGCCGAGGAGACGUAUCCUGAAGGCACCCCGCUUGAUAAACAGAUGGUCUCAAUUGUGCAGACGGACGGCUCAGUCAAGCGAGUCAGCAAAGCCGAAAUUAUGGAUCAGCUGAGCCAAAGUGAGAAGUUGUACCAGGACCUCAAUCAAACUUGGGAAGAGAAGCUUCAAAAGACGGAACAGAUUCACAAAGAGAGGGAAGCUGCGCUAGAAGAACUGGGUAUCAGCAUUGAGAAGGGAAACGUGGGGAUGAGCACCCCCAAGAAGAUGCCUCAUUUGGUCAACCUGAGCGACGAUCCUCUGCUGGCUGAAUGCCUCGUCUACAACCUGAAGCCAGGGGUUACCACGGUUGGUAAUGUUGACUCGUCAGAAGCUUCCGAAAUCAGAUUGAAUGGGUCCAAAAUCCUGGAUCACCAUUGCAAGCUCGAGCAUGUCGACAAUGUGGUGACAAUCAUCCCACAGGAGGGCGCCGCGGUCAUGGUCAAUGGCGUCCGUGUCGACAAGCCCAAAAGGCUGAAAAGUGGGAAUCGUAUCAUCUUGGGGGACUUCCACAUCUUCAGGUUUAACAACCCGUUGGAGGCCAAAGCCGAACGUGCCGAAAGAAGUCUGCUCCGACAAUCUGUCACAGCCAGCCAGUUGAGCUCCCCAACGCCAUUCCGUCCUGGACACGAAAGGAGCUGGAGCACGGUGGGAUCGGAAUUCGACGGUGAAUUAAGUCGAGCCCAGUCUCCAGGAUUAGGCAGUAACAAGGACUCGGACUGGUUCUUCGCUCGUCGUGAGGCCGCUGGCGCUCUGCUUGGGUCAGACCCCAAAAUCAUGCAACUCACUGAUGAGGAGCUGGACAAUCUCUUUGAGAAUAUUCAGAGAGCACGGGAAGAACGACGAGGACGUUCCGACAACAAAAGCUUUGAGCAUGAUGAAGAUUCGGACGAUCUCAGCUCCUUUCUUGUGCGCGACAAGUACAUGUCGAAUGGUACCAUCGACAACUUUUCUCUCGACACGGCCCUAACACUCCCAGGCACGCCUUCUGUACAUGGCAGUUCACAAGGAGAUGGCGAACCGACCUUGACCCCCGGCCAGUUUGGACACCAAGCUCAGCACGAGACGCAGAAAAACGGAGAUGAGGAGAAACAAGGAGCCGCCGAGAACGCAUCCAAAGACGCUGAACGGGAAGCCCAGGCGGCUCGGAUGCUGCAAGAACUGGAACGGGCGAGGCUGGAGUUUGAAGAAGAACUUCGAAAACAAAAAGAAGAGUACGAAGCACAGAUCAAGAAAAUGGAUCAAGACGUCCGCAUACGAGAAGCUGCUCGAACGCCGGCUGGGUUCCUGCCUCUGGAAGCUUCUGAGAUAGCCAUUGCCCGGAACGUCGUGGAAAAGUGGCAACAAAGAAACUACAUCUUGAUAGCAGAGGAGGUAUUGCAAAACGCCGGUCUUCUCAAGGAAGCACAGGUCAUGAGCAAGUUGUUGGAUCACGAUACCAACUUCCAGUUUGUGAUUCUGGACAACGGACAAGAACGGGGCUCUUCCUAUGAUCUCAUCCUUCAAGAUAUAUCUGGAGACGACGAUGAUGCUCUGGCGACUGCGCGCAAGCCGUGUCUCGCCGUGAGGGUUAUUGACAACGAGCUCAGCUGCAUUCACCUUUGGUCGCUGGAAAAACUUCGACUACGAGUGGCUAAAAUGCGCCAAAUGCGCCAGUACCAGAACCAGCCAGAAUACCUGCAGCAUUUCCGAAUGGACAACCCGUUCCGUGACUCUGACCAGCCCUUGUUUUCGCUUAUUGGCGAUGGGAGCAUUCCUCUGACCGCUGUCUUCGAAACUCGCGUGCAAGAUUUUGUGGUGGAGAUAACUUCGCCAUCGACGAGACAAAUUGUUGGCAAGGUUAGGAUGUCCCUGGAACCAUCAUUGGCCGAGUCUCCACCUUCCACCAUCAAAUUCAACAUUGUGAUGCGUGACUUUGUGGGCUUCGCUGAGCACGAGGGCACACAAGUCCAUGCCCAGAUGACGGUGCUAGGAACUGACGACGAGAGCGUGGCGACCACCCAGCCUAUUCACGGGUUUGGCGACGGUCCCGUACGUUUUGAGAGCAUCCACAACCUGAGUAUUCGUCGCUCGGGUGAGAAAUCUGCGAUUUUGAAGAUCGCCAUUUUUGCUCAAGUCAGCUCGACGCAUCUAGAUAAGCUGAUCAGCUGGGAUGAGCUUCGUGAAAUGAAUGAACACCCUGCCGAUCAACAACCUGCUCCUCGUUUGGCCGAGUCUGAAUACACCGUUGAAGAACGACAUGACGUCUUUGCAAAAGUCCAGAUCCUCGAGCUUGCAGAAAACGGCCAGUACAUGCCAGUGGAAGUCAUUCAAAGCAACCCAAACGAUUGCGGCGCAUUCCAGCUGCAUCAGGGGCUGCAACGUCGAGUUUCUGUCAAUCUAACGCAUGUCCUUACCGAGGGUCUACCAUGGGACGACCUGAAGUCUUUGCGAGUUGGGGAAGUUCAUCAAUUAGAUUCGUCCGGGCGUGUGACCGACAUUGCGUCCAUCACGCCAGACAUUCCCCUUAAACAAAUCCAAGAACCUAUGAUCAAAGACAAUGCCGACGGUACCUCGAAUAUCACGAUCGUUGGACAAUGGGACAGCUCAUUACACAAAACCCUCCUCCUCGACCGUGCCACCAACGAAAACUGUAGAGUUCAGAUUUCUUUGCGUUGGGACAUUGUCUCCAGCCGUCUUGGACAUGAUCAUCCGAUGACGUUCUCUAUCGACCAACAGCUACAAAUUCUGCCACGAUCCUACGUUCGUCCCCAGUCUAUGUUCAAGUCCUUUUGGAAUCAAACACGGGUGACCCACGCUACAGACGGGUUGUUCUCGAUUGUCGUGCGACCAGUUAGCGCCAAGAGAGCAGCCGAUCUAUGGCGUCUAGAUACUUCGAAGAAUUACAUCAACGGGGAAGAACUGCUCGGCAAUUGGCAACCGAGAGGGAUUUCGUUGGUGAAAGAUUACUUGAUUGCCCGAAGGAAAAGGCGUCAAUUGGAGGAUAUAGAAUCCGCGAAAGCUGCAUUGGGGUUGCGCAGACUGAGUGUAACCGCAAACAAAGCACGGUCUCGCGCAGUAUCACCGUCUCAGCUGGAUUCUCGGGAGGAGGAACUUCUACGCAAAUACCUCGCGAUUUGGAUGAAACCGAGUGUGGAGAUGAAGAACCCUAUCUUUGAUGAAGGCGACGAGAGCACACGUCCCCAACCAUCGGCAACAGCGGUUCCUGAGACAUCGGCAUCACUGUCGACCCGUUACCGAGCCACUGUCAACCACGUGCCCAAGAACACGGUUUCCCUCAAAUCGGGCUAUCUGCUCAUGCCUUCGGAAACCUACGAGUCCUCUCCCGCUGGCAAUCACGCCAGCACCAUGCAAUGGAAACGACGAUUUGUCGAUCUGCGACCUCCUUAUCUUCACAUUCAGUCCGUCCCUGACGGCGAGGGAAUCAACGCGGUCAACCUCACACACGCACGAAUUGAUCAUGAUCCGGACUUCAAACGCUUACUUGGUGGGGGUUCAUCUGUUUCGCACGACGGGGCCGAUUUCUCGUCAGCAGAGCAGCGUGGUCACAGAAGAACCGGUAGCAACGCGGAACUCCAUGGUCUGGCUCACGUAUUUGCUGUGUAUGGUGAGCAGAAUACCUUCUUGUUUGCAGCGAGAAGUGAGAGUCAGAAACUUGAGUGGAUUCUGAAGAUCGAUCAGAGUUACUUCGCCAACGACGGAGAACAAGAUCAGGUUGACAUCUGA